UUCACCCGGAAGUGCUCCUCACGUGUGUGACUGCAGCGGCGGAGUGAGACAGAAGCGCGUGUUUUCGGAGGAGACAGUUCAUUAAAAACGUUGCCAUGUCCUCCUACACUUGCAUCAGCUGCCGAGUGGCUUUUGCAGAUGGCGAGGUGCAGCGAGCGCACUACAAAACGGACUGGCACCGCUACAAUCUGAAGCGCAAGGUGGCCGACAUGCCACCGGUCACCGCCGAAAACUUUCAGGAUCGAGUGCUGGCGCAGCGGGCGGCCGCGGAACAGCAGCUGACCGACUCGGCGGCCACCGAGGGCUGCGCCAUCUGCAACAAGAAGUUCUCCAGCGCCAACGCCCACCAGAACCACCUGCAGUCCCACAAACACCAGCAGGCCGAGAGGCAGGCGCUGCUCGCCGCCCAGAAGAAGGUGGAGAAGAUGAACGAGAAGAACCUGGAGAAAGGUCUCGGCGACGAGAAGGUGGAUCACGACGCCAAGAACGAGGCCCUGCAGCAGGCCCUGAAAGAGCAGCAGAGGCCGAGCCCGAGCCCGGCCAAGCAGGGGACAGCGCAAGGGGCCACGAAGCAGAAGGCGGAGAAGAUGGAGAAACCUCCCAGGUUGAUGUGGCUGGAGGAGCAAGCCAAGAGGCAAAAUAAAGAAGAGGGAGCCACAGCGGUGGAAGCCACAGAAGAGUGGGAGGACGUCGACGACGAGGAGGAGGACGAUGAGAUGGAGGAGGAGGAGGACGAGGACGAAGAAGAGAUGAUGGAUGGAGAGGAAGGGGACUCGGCGGCAGCUUCUGACCCCCGACCCGCUGCUCUGCCGGGUUCGAUCCCCGUCACCGACUGCCUGUUCUGCUCCCACCACUCCAAGUCCCUCAUGAAGAACCUCGCCCACAUGACCAAAGUCCACAGCUUCUUCAUCCCCGACGUGGAGUUCCUCGUCGACGUCAAAGGCCUCGUCCGCUACCUCGGAGAGAAAGUCGGUGCUGGAAACGUGUGUUUGUGGUGUAACGAGAAGGGCCGUUCGUUCUACUCGGCAGAAGCAGUUCAGAGUCACAUGACGGACAAAAGCCACUGUAAAGUCUUCACAGACGGAGACUCUGCUCUGGAGUUUGCAGACUUCUACGACUUCAGGAGCAGCUACCCGGACAGGAAGGAGGGAGAGGAUGCUGAACGGGACGAAGAAGAGCUGUCUGAUGACAAGAACCUGGAGUACGACGACGAAACGCUGGAGCUGACGCUUCCUUCAGGUGCUACGAUCGGCCACCGCUCCCUCAUGAGGUACUACAAACAGCGGUUCGGCGUUCAGAGAGCGCUGGUUCUGACCCACAAUAGGAACGCUGUAGGCAGAGUCCUCCGGCAGUACAAAGCUCUGGGCUGGGGAGGAGAUGGAGGCGCCUUCCAUCACAGACAGAAAGACAUGCAGUACGUCCAGGUGAUGAAGUCCAAGUGGCUGCUGAAGAUGGGGAUGAACAACAACAGCAACAAGCAGAAGCACUUCAGAGCCCAGGUCAUCUUCUAGACUGGGACCAGAGGGAACCCAGCAGGGGGUGGUGGUGGGGGGGAUAAAUGUGACGUGGACUGGUGGAUCGUCGCUGUUUUCCCCCAGUCAACGAGACUUUCAGUACAGAAUGGAGUUCAGCUGCAAAGAUGCCGAGGCAGGGAGAGGAAUCAGUGAGGGGAAUGCAGGUUUGUUACAUUUACUCCUGGCGGGAAACCAAAUGUCCAGCUCUACUGUCGUCUCUGUAACUCCGCCUCCCCGUGUGGAAAGUGUGAACCUGCUCCAGCUGAUCCUGUCAUUAACGUCUCAUCCACUUCACUGCAAAAAAGAAUUUUGGAAAACAGAAGAUCAACAUUAAAGAAGGCGAUUUACAUAACACACUUUCAUUAUUUUUUAAACUGAUGACAGGAUUACAUCGUUAUGAUUUCAAUGUACUCGUAAUAAAUCCAACUAAAUAAAUGCUUGAUAUUUAUUGGAUACAUGGCAGUCUUUUCCUUUUAAAAAAUAUAUAUUUUUUAACACUUUGUUUUCAGGGUAAA